AUGCCGUUUGGUCGAGUGGACCUGGAAAAGGAUGUCGCUGGUGCAGGGUGGUAUGCACAAGAAGCAUACGAGCGGAUUCCGGACUUGCCGUACGACCGCGGCGACGCUGAGAUGAGGGACCUUGACAAUGUACCUAACCCCGAUGUCUCGGGCGACAUCUGA